AUAUUUAAAACUAAACCGUCACAUAAACUACUUUACAUAUAUAAAAUAUAAUUUAUAAUAAAAUUCAAAAGAGUUAUAUUAUAAAAAAUAAAAAAAAUAUGGAUUUAGAUUUAGAAAAAAUUCAUAAUAUUUUAAUUGAAGCUAAUCUUCCAUCAAGCAUAAAAGAUUUAAAAAAUCCAACAGAAGAGUUUGUUGUCAAACUAAUUAAUACUUUCUUAAAAAGAUUUCAUAUCGAUUUUAAUACAUUUGAUAAGCCCACAAUGGAACAACAAGAUAUUAUGCAAUAUUGUGAAGAUUCUACUAUAAUUGGACUUGUAAAUUUACAUAUUGUUAUGGUACAAAUAUGUGAUAGAAUAUAUUUAAAAGAUCUAUGUAUUACAGAUAUAACUAGUCCAGGAUCAAAGAAAGUACGCAAACAAGCAAAAUUCCUUGCAAAUUUCAUAUUGUAUGCAACUAACAAAGAAUCAGAUAUAGAAGAUAAAGUUAAUGAAAUUCAAAGUCGAGCAAAAAUUUUACAUGAUAUGUUAGAAAAGAAAAAUGAAAUAUUAGAAACUAGGAAAGAUAGAGCAUUGCAUGUAGCAAAACAAUUAUCAUCAAAAGAAAAAUAUAUUGCAGAAAUCCAAAAAUUACAAUCCAAACUUGAAAAAAAUAAUCAAAAAUAUGUUGAACUAAUUGCAAAAAUGACAGCAGCAGAAGAGAAAAAACAACAUGCAGUAAAACUUUGUGGAAAUUAUAAAGCACAAGCAUUAAAGUUAAGUAAAACAAUAACAGAAUUACAAUCAGAAAUUGUACAAUCACCAGAAGAAUAUCAAAUACGUUUAAAUGAAUUGGAACAACAGCAAAAUGCUAAAGUUAAAGAACGUGAAACAAUGCAAGAAGCAUUUCAGGAUAAAAAAUAUUUAAUUGAACAACAGAAAAAUAUAUUAACUUUUAUUCAAGAACAAUUAGAGAAAUUUAUUGAAGUUCCAAAUAUAUAUGAUCGAUUAAAAGAAAUAAGAAUACAAGAGGAUAAUAUAAAGAAGCAAGUUAAUACUCUCAAAACAGAUAUUGAAAAACUUGAAAAAAAAUUAGAAAUUCAAAAAGAUCAGCAUAAAGAAGAUGAAAUAAAUGAAAUUCAUGCUCAUUGUAUAGAACGUCUUUCUCCUUUACGUAAUUUAAAUGUUCAAUUAUUAAGUAAUAAGAAAUCAUAUAAAGAAAAGUUGGAAGAAAUGCAAGUUCAACAUAAUGAUGAUUAUUUGAAGCUGAAAAAAAUGCAAAACAAAAUAAAAAAAGUAGAAGAAGAAACUGUAGAACUUCUUAAGAAUUAUCAGGAUUUAUAUAACAAUGAAAUCUCGACUGAAAAAACUUUAUGGAAAACAUGGAUAACUGAUUAAAUAUACAAUUAUAAUAUACAAUUAUAUAAAUAAACAAAGAGAAUAAAAUUCUUAAAAAUAUUAUUAUUAAUAGAUAAUCUUU